GCCUUGGGAAGCGACACUUGGCUUUGACGGGCGCCCACGUCUUAGGUCCUUGAGCUCGCAGCGAUCGUCGCCGGGCGGCUGGACGAGGGUGACCUGCGGUCCUCCCGGCCCCUGUCAGUUUACAGAGCUGUGUGGGGUGUCGCGGCUCCAGCAGCAUGACGACGGAGACCUUCGUGAAAGAUAUCAAGCCCGGGCUCAAGAAUCUGAACCUUAUCUUCAUUGUACUGGAAACAGGGCGAGUGACCAAGACAAAGGACGGGCACGAGGUUCGGACCUGCAAAGUGGCAGACAAAACAGGCAGCAUCAAUAUCUCCGUGUGGGACGAUGUGGGCAACCUGAUCCAGCCUGGGGACAUUAUCCGACUCACCAAAGGGUAUGCUUCAGUGUUCAAAGGCUGUCUGACACUGUACACUGGCCGUGGGGGUGAUCUGCAGAAGAUUGGAGAAUUCUGUAUGGUUUAUUCUGAAGUUCCAAACUUCAGUGAGCCCAACCCAGAGUACAGCACCCAGCAAGCACCCAACAAAGUGGUGCAGAACGACAGCAGCCCUACUGCCCCCCAGCCUACCACAGGACCCCCUGCUACCUCUCCAGCUUCUGAGAGCCAGAAUGGGAAUGGACUGAGCACCUCAUCAGGUCCUGGCAGUGGCCCCCAUCCCGCUCACACGCCCUCCCAUCCCCCCAGCACUCGGAUCACCCGAAGCCAGCCCAGCCACACACCUGCUGGUCCUCCUGGCCCCUCUAGCAACCCUGUCAGCAACGGCAAAGAAACCCGCAGAAGCAGCAAAAGAUAGUGAGCCAGCCGCUCUCCUCUCCCACCGCCAGCCGCCAGCCAGGUGUGUCUGCUGGAGCACAACACAGCCUUCUGGUGGGCUGCUGGAUUUGGAAUUGGGGGAUGAGGUAGCAGUAUUUUAGCCACUAAACUUCCCUGGAAAGGAAGUGAGUGUGGCCUUAGCCACCCCAAGCUCCUGUCCUCCUUGUCCAGAUGAAGCUGCCUGCCCCUUGGGUUUCAGGGCUGCCUGCUCGCCUCCUAGAGACGGCAGUUACAAUCAGUUUAUUAUAUGUGAUAUGAAGGUCUAAAUGAAAUCCUUCCCCCCCAAAUCCUGUCUUCCUAAUAAAUGUUCCCACUCUGUAA